GCUCCGAGCCCCGCGCCGGAGCAGCUCGACGCCGUCAAAACGGCAACAAGCUCACACCUAUCUGGCCACUCGUUCUACCACCGAGAUGGAUCCCACCGAGAUGGAUACCGAGAUGGAAAUGGGGAUAAAUCCCUUCAAGGCAAAGUCGCCCAAUCGACACCGCUCGUCGCUCGAAGGCAUGAUGAUCCUGCCUGCCGGAACUCCCGCCCUGUUGCCAGAUGAUACGAGGGCGCAAGCCAAAGCACGUUUGUAUCACAUUCUCGAGAACCUCGAAGCGCCGGCCGGCGCUGCCGCCGCCUCAAACCAGAGGCCGCGGCAGGGCUACAACCGCCCCGCGCUUGUCCGCCUCACCUACGAAUACACGAUUUCCGAUCAGUCCAAGAGCCUCUUUCUGACGAGCUUUUUCGAAUCUCUGGCCCUUCCGCUCGACGGCAAUGUCACGGAUGCCGACAUCGACUUUGAGAACACGGAGGUAGCGGCGGGCCUCGGCACUUCGGUGGAUGCUUUCGCAGAGUACCUGAUGAACAACUUCUUUUUGCCGCUCAAGGCUGCUUCCAACAAGACGCCCCAGCCGUCCCCUAUAACCCACUCCGCCAUUCAGAGGGCACAGGGCUCUUCUUUGCCCCAAUCCUUCGUCGGCACGCCAGACCGUGUCUCGGCUCUGCGUGGACUCUGUCUCGUCCGCGAUCACCACUGCUGCGUAAUUUCACGGAAAUUCGACAUCACGGAAGCCCGUAAACGCCUCAAAGCGGCAACUAGAGACCCUGCUCUGGACGAUGAUGGCCUCCCGCUCAGUUCGCAUGAAUUUGCCCAUUUGGAGGUUGCUCACAUCCUCCCGCACUCACUGGCCAAAAGUUCUUCAAACUCCCUUUUGGACCCCGCUAGAAAAGCGGCCCUGGAUGUUCUGAACAUGUUUGAUCCGGGGGUUGUGCACCUGAUUGAGGGCGCCGAAAUCGACCGGCCCUACAACGCCAUCAGCUUAACUCAACAUCUCCACUCGGAAUUCGGCUCCUUCCAGAUCUUUUUCGAGCCUGUUGAUAGCCGGCCCCCGCAUACGUAUCGCAUCAAUGGGUUCGAUCCACUCGUCGAUCAAACUCAGGGGUUACCCGUCAUACGGACCCUUCACCUCGCCCAAGACAAGACCAUCGACCCGCCCUCGUCUCGUCUACUCGCCAUUCAUCGUGCGAUCGCGCACAUCCUGCACCUUUCGGGGGCGGGGGAUUACAUCGACUGGGUUCUUCGCGAUGCCGAAGAAAACGGAGUGCGCUCCGACGGAUCGACCGCACUCGGGCUCCUUGUUAGCGCCAGGUUGAGCCUGGGUGGCAUUGGAGCGGGAGCUUAGCAGGCCAGCUGGCCCGGAAGCCCGGAGGCCUGACGGAGAUGCGCCGUGAACGACAGUUAGGAAGAGGGGUUCUCGGUACACUAAACCCUUUCCGCCCCAGCGGUGGUAGGCAGGCUUUUGACGGGGACGUGUAACGGGGUUGCUUGGAGCGUUGGCUACAGGGGCUUCGGGGCUUGAUAUACUGUGGUGCCAGAGGGUUCAAUCACGAAGUGAUUGAACUGUUGGAUCUUUUGGUCUAUGUAGUGGAGCGGUACUCUGGCACGUCCCCCUUACAGGACGGCUAUAUUGCCACAGACUUUAGCUAUUUUACCACAGAACAGCGGAGUUACACUGCAACAAACUGUCCAAGUACCUUUACCAAAUUUCAUUAAAAAUCCGUGCUUUUGGAUAAUAACAUAUAGCGCGCAAUUUAAAUACGU